AUGUUAAUGUCCGAGAGUAUGUCUAGACCGGAAUUUGUGUGGGAAAAAACUUUCACCUACUUAUCAGAUGACAUUCUCUACAAGCAACGUCGUAUUUUAAAACAUCCAGGUUUGGUACUUAACGAAGAUCAAAUUAAGAACCUAACAUUGUUUGAGAUCCAAAAGUUUUUACUUCGAAAUAAUUCCACUCUUAAAAGGUAUUCCAGUAUGCCUUUUCCUAAUAAUGAUUGUAUAUCUUCCGCAAACAAUCUUUUACUUAGUGAAGAGUUGGCUUAUGACACGGAGAUAUUAGCUGAAGAGUUUCGUAAACUUUUCUCUUCAUUAACUCAAGAACAACGGGUUAUAUAUGAAGAAAUCAUCACAGCGGUGGAUAACAACAAAGGAGGGGUUUUUUUUGUUUAUGGUUACGGUGGAACAGGAAAAACAUAUCUUUGGAAGACUUUAUGUGCAUCUAUAAGAUCAGAAGGGAAAAUUGUUUUAAGUGUUGCUUCCAGUGGAAUUGCAUCUCUUUUGCUAUCAGGAGGGAGGACUGCUCACUCUCGGUUCCACAUUCCUAUCAAUUUAGAUGAGGAUUCUUUUUGUUUCAUUAAGCCAGAUAGCGAUCUUGCACGUUUAUUACAAGAAACCUCACUUAUUAUUUGGGACGAAGCACCAAUGGUACAUAAACAUGGAUUUGAAGCUUUGGACAGAUCGUUAAAAGACCUUUUUAGAUCUGUAUCUGGAGCAUCAUCAGAAUUGCCAUUUGGUGGGAAAGUUAUAGUUUUUGGAGGAGACUUCCGACAAAUUCUACCUGUGGUGCCAGGAGGAAGCAGACAACAAAUUGUAAAUGCUUCUUUAAGUUCUUCUUAUAUUUGGAGAACUUGCAAAGUCCUAAAAUUGACCAAAAAUUUGAGGUUGAGUACCUCAAAUGAUCCAUCUGAAAUACAAGAAACUACCAAGUUUGCAAACUGGCUUUUGGAUAUAGGUGAAGGUAAUGUCGGUGGUGUGAAUGACAGCAAUGCAAUUUUACAAAUACCCGAAGAUCUUCUCAUCAAACAUUCGUCUGAUCCCAUUUCAGACUUAAUCGAGUUUGUAUAUCCUUCUCUUCUAUAUAAUUUCAAUGAAGCAAAUUACUUCCAUCAAAGAGCCAUUCUAGCUCCAACAAAUGACGUUGUUCAAGAAAUUAACGAUCGUAUGCUGUCACUUUUUCCGGGAGUUGAGAAGGAAUAUUUAAGCUCCGAUAGUAUAUGUCCAACAGAAAUGCUUAAUGAGAAUUUAGAUGAUGCAUUAGUCUCACCGGAUAUUCUUAAUGGAAUUAAAGCUUCUGGUUUGCCGAAUCAUAGGUUAGUAUUCAAGGUAGGUGUUCCGGUCAUGCUUCUUAGAAAUAUUGACCAAAAAAGUGGUUUGUGUAACGGAACAAGAUUAAAGGUGGUCUCUUUGGGUAAACGUGUUAUACAGGUAGAGAUUAUCUCUGGAAGUCACAUUGGCGAUCGUCAUUAUAUUCCUAGAAUUACGUUGAUACCUACAGACAAAAAACUUCACAUUAAGUUACAAAGAAGACAAUUUCCACUUGCGGUAUCUUUUGCAAUGACCAUAAACAAAAGUCAAGGACAAUCACUCUCUAGAGUUGGUUUGUUUUUGAAAAAUCCAGUUUUCACACAUGGUCAAUUGUAUGUUGCAUUAUCAAGAGUUACCCGCCGAGAUGGCCUUAAAAUUGUUAUUCUAGAUAGUGAUGGAAAUCUUUCUGAUACAACGUCAAAUGUCGUAUACAAAGAAGUUUUUAGAAAUUUGUAA